GAGCCUGCGGCCGGCGCCCCUGGGAGAGUCCCUGGCCGGCCAAGGGGCUGAGCGAGCCCCAGUGCUGCCCGCUCCUCGGCGCUGCCGGCUUCUUCCCAGGCCAGCGCCUCCUGCGUCCUGGCGCUGCCUCCAGCAUGGCUUCCCCUGGGGCACUAGCAGAAAUGCCUAGGCAAUUUCCAAAGCUGAACAUUUCUGAGGUUGAUGAGCAGGUACGGAUUCUAGCAGAGAAGGUAUUUGCUAAAGUUCUCCGAGAAGAAGAUAGCAAAGAUGCCUUGUCACUAUUCACUGUGCCUGAAGACUGUCCUAUUGGGCAGAAAGAGGCUAAAGAGAGGGAACUGGAGAAGGAGUUGGCAGAACAGCAUUCUGUGGAGACAGCUAAGAGGAAGAAAAGUUUCAAGAUGAUUCGGUCCCAGUCCUUGUCAUUACAAAUGCCAACCCAAGAGUGGAAGGCACCAUCAGUCAGUUCGCUUCCCUCUCCUGCAACUCCAGUUCUUCCAGGUGUUGGUCAGCCACCCCAAGUGCCAUUUACAGUUCCAGAGUUUCAGAGAGUUACAAUUGGUGGGGAUUACUGUGCUGGGGUUACAGUUGAUGAUUACGAACAGGCUGCGAAGGGCCUGGUGAAAGCUCUGCUAAUUCGAGAGAAGUAUUGUCGCCUUGCUUACCAUCGCUUUCCAAGAACAACAGCACAGUAUUUAUGCAGUAUGCAAGAUGAAAAAUGGAAGAUGGAAGAUGAAGUAUGUCCAGAUUUCCAUCCACCCCCGGGAAAACUAGAGAAUCCUUACAACCUUGACGAUGCUCCAGGCAAUUUGGAUUAUGUUGUCAAAAUGCAAGGUGGCAUUCUCUUUGUCUAUGACAACAAAGAAAUGAUGAAACUCAAUGAGCCCCGGAGUCUGCCAUAUCCUGAUCUGGAGACCUACACAAUUGACCUUAGCCAUGUUCUUGCUAUGAUUGCAGAUGGUCCAACAAAAACAUAUUGCCACAGACGGCUUAACUUUUUAGAAUCUAAAUUCAGUUUACAUGAGAUGCUAAAUGAAAUGUCUGAAUUUAAAGAACUGAAGAGUAAUCCCCAUCGAGACUUUUAUAACGUGAGAAAGGUUGAUACUCAUAUCCACGCUGCUGCCUGUAUGAAUCAGAAACAUUUGCUGAAGUUUAUUAAGCGCACUUACAAAACAGAGUCAAAUCGGAUUGUGGCAGAGAAAGAAGGCAAGAAGAUGACUUUAAAGCAAGUGUUUGAGAGCCUUCACAUGGAUCCUUAUGACCUCACUGUAGACUCUUUAGAUGUCCAUGCUGGUCGCCAAACAUUUCAUCGGUUUGAUAAAUUUAACUCCAAGUACAAUCCAGUUGGAGCCAGUGAGCUAAGGGACUUGUACCUGAAAACUGAGAACUACCUUGGUGGUGAAUACUUUGCUCGUAUGGUCAAGGAAGUAGCUCGUGAGCUAGAAGAAAAUAAAUACCAGUAUAUGGAACCUCGGUUAUCCAUUUAUGGGCGGUCUCCAGAUGAAUGGAAGAAUUUGGCAAUAUGGUUCAUUGAACACAAGGUUUAUUCACCCAACAUACGCUGGAUAAUUCAGGUUCCCAGAAUUUAUGACAUAUUUAGGUCAAAAAAUCUUCUGGCUAAUUUUGGGAAAAUGUUAGAGAACAUCUUCUUACCUCUGUUUGAGGCAACCAUCAAUCCCACAGAUCACAGGGAGCUGCACCUCUUCCUCAAAUAUGUGACUGGCUUUGACAGUGUUGAUGAUGAGUCCAAACAUACCGACCACAUGUUCUCUAACAGAAGUCCUAACCCUGAGAUCUGGACCAGUGAAAAGAAUCCUCCAUAUAGUUACUAUUUGUAUUACAUGUAUGCCAACAUCAUGGUGCUCAACAACCUUAGAAAGGAAAGAGGCAUGAGUACCUUCCUAUUUCGCCCUCAUUGUGGAGAAGCUGGGUCCAUCACUCAUCUGGUGUCAGCCUUUCUGACAUCUGACAACAUUUCUCAUGGAUUACUCCUGAAGAAGAGUCCAGUUCUUCAAUAUCUUUAUUAUCUUGCACAAAUUCCCAUUGCCAUGUCUCCACUUAGCAACAAUAGCCUAUUCCUUGAGUAUUCAAAAAAUCCACUGCGGGAAUUUCUACAUAAGGGACUUCACAUUUCUCUCUCUACAGAUGAUCCUAUGCAAUUCCAUUAUACAAAGGAAGCACUUAUGGAGGAAUAUGCCAUAGCAGCUCAAGUGUGGAAACUGAGCACGUGUGACUCGUGUGAACUAGCAAGAAACAGCGUACUACAAAGUGGAUUAUCACAUAAGGAAAAACAAAAAUUCUUAGGGGUAAAUUAUUAUAAAGAAGGGCCUGAAGGAAAUGAUAUUCGAAAAACAAAUGUGGCACAGAUCCGAAUGGCUUUCAGGUAUGAGACACUAUGUAAUGAGCUCAGCUUCCUGUCUGACGCAAUGAAAUCAGAAGAGAUUACAGCUCUAUCUAAAGAGUCACAGCACCAAGAAACAAGCCAAUCUUCCACCUGACCACAUCCAUUUACCAUCUGCUUUUUAAUAAUGAAUCUUCUGUGACUGACAGCUGCCUAGAUACAACUGUUUGAACAAUACGGAGAAAAGUAUCUAUGGGAGAUAGAGUUAAACUGUGUGCAAAAUUAUUUUCUGUUGCAUUACACUCUUUAAUGUAAUAGUUUGUACAUACAUUAGGCUAUAUAAGACUGCAAUAAACACACGUCAGCUCAGAACUGCAUCAUUUAUGCUGCAUACUGGAUUUUAACUGUGCUUUGCAUUGUAGUUUUAAAACCAAUCAUAAUAUUAAUCAUGCUUGCAUCUGUGAUCUAUAGUAUUCUCCUGAAAACACAAGAUGCAUGACGACAGCAGAUGCUGGUAGUACACAUGCACCUGUUUUUUGUCACAACAGUUGUUAGUGGCAGUCAUACUAAACAGCGUUUUUAAAUUUAGCCUUUGGUUAAUUAGCAGAUUGUAUGAUGCACAAUUUAGUAGAGCUCACUUUCAUUAUGGAAAAUAUUUGGAGACACUUUCCAACCUGUAUGUAAAGUAUUCAGCAAUGAUCUUAGAAACCAGAUAAUUAUUGCAUAUCUUUUUCAUCAUUAUGAAUUGGUUAAAACAGUUCCAUCGGGUCAUUCUUAUCACCCAGUAUUUGGGGGUGAGUGUGAAAAAUAGAAGCUAACAUCUUUUUGCUAAUGAAAACAGAAAAUUGUGUGAAAAUGAUUACUGUACAUGUUAAACAUACAAUAAAAUGACUUUUCAAAA